GCAUCUUGGUUGUGUGAAAUGUGAUUGAUUUUUAAAUACGCAAUAAAUGUUUAUAAGAGUAAUAAGAAGGUUUAAAAGUAAAAAUGGCUAGAAAUGAGGAAAAACAUUUUGCCAGGCUUAAUCGUUUACUUUUAGAACGUGAAAACGAAGAAAAAAAGAGAAAACACCCAAAACGUCCAAGACUGGAAAAUCUUCAUACAGUAGAUGAGAUCAAGAUGUGGUUACCACAUAUAAAACGAGAUAUUGACAUCUCUCUAAAACAAAGUCAGGUGAUAUGCUAUCCUGACAGUACAGUGCACCAGUAUCAGGAGCAGGUAGUGAAACUCGAACGAGAAUAUAAAGCUUUUGUAAGAAAAAUUAAACAACUCAAGCCAGGACUUUCAACAAUACCUUGGACUAUGCGUGGGUAUCAGGACAAAGUAGAAUGUGAAGAAACUGGGAGAAAAUGUGAAAAACACUUCCAGAUAGCUAACAAGAAAUUUGUUCCUAUAAAAACACCUCUUCUGGAUACUCUUCCAUCUAGUGAACCUGAACCUCCUCUUUCUUGUGUAAAUCCACAUUUUCUAGAUAAACCCUUAGAAUUUAGUAAAUCACAAAAUUCUUCUAAAAAGUUUAUAGAUCAUAGUAAUAAACCAGUUGAGUUCAGUCUUUUGUCAGAAAAUUCCAGGAGAGACGAGAAAUAUAUAGACAAAGCAACAGAACUCAGUCCCUCGUCUGAAAAUCCCAGAAGAGACAAGGACUGUAUAGAGAAGCCAUUAAAGUUUAAUCCUUCAUCAGAAGAGUAUGGAAGAGAUGAGAACUGUGUAGACAAACAAACUGUAUUCAAGCCAGCAACAGUAACACAUAUUAAUGGCAAAAAUGAAAAUAUUCUUUUGUCAGAAAAUCCCAGAAGAGACAAUAAAUAUAUAGACAAACCAACAGAAUUCAGUCCCUCAUCAGAAAAUCCCAGAAGGGACAAGGACUAUAUAGACAAACCAACAGAAUUCAGUCCCUCAUCAGAAAAUCCCAGAAGGGACAAGGACUAUAUAGACAAACCAACAGAAUUCAAUCCCUCAUCUGAAAAUCCCAGAAGAGACAAGGACUGUAUAGAGAAGCCAUUAAAGUUCAAUCCCUCAUCAGAAGAGUAUCAAAGAGAUGGUAACUGUGUAGACAAACAAAUUGUAUUCAAGCCAGCAACAGUAACACAUAUUAAUGGCAAAAAUGAAAAUAUUCUUGGCCUCAAUUACAGUUCAUCUGAAGAUGAUGAUGAUGAUAGAUGUACUUUUAACAAAGCACAUAAACACAAGUUUAUCUGACAAGGAAAUGUACAGUUGUACAAGAUUCUAUAUGUGCAGCCAAUCAAUUUAGCUAACUUCAUGUGAUCAGCUUCCAAUCAUGUGGUCAGUAUCCAGUCAUUUUAGCUAACUCUAUGUGGUCAGUUUUCAGUCAGUUAAGCUAACUCAAUAUGGUCAGUUUCCAAUCAGUCUAGCUAACAUCAUAUAGUUAGUUUCAAUCAAUAUAGCUAAAAUCAUGUGGUCAGUUUCCAAUCAUUUUAGCUAACAUCUAGUGGUCAUUUGAACCAGUAAUCAUUUUCAGCCACUUUCAGUCACUGCUGUUACAAGAAAUGUGUAAUAAUACUGACUUCAGUUGUGAUUACUAUGAUUUAGUGUUAAAUGUUAAGCAUAUGCUCUGCUAUCUAAAAAUGCUUGUACAUGCAUGCAUGUUUUUAAAGUUGGUAACAUAGUCUUGAAAAAGUUAAAUAUUGUUCUUAUAAGUGGUUAUUAUUAAAGGUUUUUGUUAAAAGCUAAUAUCUUAGUUUAAAAGAGCAAGUAUGAUAAAACAUAGUGACUUUAAAUGGUAUACUGUAACUGAUUUUUUUAUUAACCAACCUGUAAAUAUUUUUCUCACAAAGUGGUUUUUGUAAAGUUUCCUCUAUAAGUUGUGAAAAAUGUCAUACAAAUUGACCACUUUAUCUUUUUACAUAUUUAUGAAAAUUGCUUAUAUUAGAUCCAUAGCUUUGUUUACUACAAAGUCCCAAAUAACGUGCAAAAAAAAACAAGAAAAAUGUAAACAAAAAAUACCAUGAAUAUUACAAGUUACCCUAUGUAUUUUGUAUAGAAUACGAGCAAUUGAACUAAUUUGAUUUGUCAGUUUGUUACUCUAGGUGGAGCCCGGCAUGGCCAGGUGGUUAGGGUACUCGACUCGCAAUCUGAGGGUUGCGGGUUCGAAUCCUCGCCCUACCAAACAUGCUCGCCCUUUCAGCCAUGGGGGCAUUAUAAUGUGA